AUUCAACGUUCUCUAUCUCUUGCUUCUGGUGGUCUGUUUCAGGUUGAAGAUGAAACGUAUCCAGGAAAGAGCUGGGACUGUAGCACUCAGCCCAGUGGCUGAGUCCAGCCCAGCACAGGCCCAGAGGCCCUGCACAACCCCCAGAAUAUCUCUAAAGUGGGCUUGGAUAUUCUCAAGAAGGUUUAAAGGCUGAUGGCACUGUAAAUGCAGAUGAGAUGGCAGCCCGUUUGCUCUGGUAUUUCCACUUGGAUUCCUAGGUUAAGCUGGAUGCAUUUGUUAACAGAAAUGAGGGGUAAAACCCAAGAAGUACAAAUGUUCAACAGUCAGGAGAGAACACCAGGUUGACAGCAUCACAUUUCCUGUCUGGACCUUCAUGCUAUAAACCAGUUGUAUGAAAAAAAUGAUCGCAUGGUUUAAUGGUAAGUCUUGAGAUUCAGAGGUGUUUGACAUAUACAAGAAUCACGGAGAAUUAUGUUUUGUAGUUUGUGGCCAGGUGCUUGAAUUUUAGUGUUUAAAAAGCCAGCGAUCUUGGAAGGUGGUAUAGUAUAGUGGUUAUAUGCAGUAUACAUAGUAGGCUUCUAGUUAGAGUGGCUUGUGUAUCACUUCACAAGUUUUAACCUUGGCACGUUUUCUAAUCAUUUUAUCUUAGAUGGGAAUGACAGUAUAAGACUUGAAGGGUAAUUAUUCUAUACUACCUAGAAACUCUGAUCUCAGGGCUAGAGAGGUGGUGGUGUGUAAGAGUGGUUGGCUUUUCCAUGGAGACUCACAACCUUCUGUAGUCAGCUCUAGUGUCAGGGGAUUUGCUCCCGUCAUCUGGCUUAAUGUAUACACUGCAGACAUGGUGUGCAGACAUAGGCAAAACACCUCUAUGUAUGUUAAGUUCUGUGUCUGCCAAGUGGCCUACUCAUCAGGGCCAUUACCAUUGGCUCCCAGAGUUUAGUUCUAAAAUUAGGCACGGUAUGGAAUGAGAAUAUACUGUAGAUGCCCAUAUAACUGAGCAUAUAUCAUUUUUUCAGCAGACUAAUCUUGGUUUGGCACUAACCAAGAUUUCAUAAGGCAAUGGUCUUUUCUGUUUCAUGGGCUUGAUCCCCGUCAGUCUUAGCUUCUAAAAGCUUCCCUAUGUUGGAAGUAGACUGUUACUGUUGAGCCUAGCUAAGAUUUUAUCUGUCAUAAAAAAACUGGCUUGUCUCCUCAGGAAGUGUGCAUAGAUAUAGAGAAUUUUUUCAUUAUACUAGUAUUUCACAGUGGUUGACCUUGGGAGUUAUUGGAACAUUCAUGUUUCUGUUUUAAAUGAUUUGUUGAUUAAUAAAAUUUUAAAAAUUUAAUGUGUUUUGAGUGUUUUUGCUCGAGUCUUAACCAUUUAUUCAUUUGGUGCUUGAGAGCAGAAGGGGGUGUCAGAGUCCCUAGAACUGGAGUGACAGGCAGUUUUGAGAUGCUGUGUGGGUGUUGGAAAUCAAACCCAGGUCUUCUGAAAAAAAAAAAAAAAAAGUCAAUAGCCCUAACCAUUGAGCCAUCCCAAGUAAUGAAUUUCUUUUCUAUUCCCCCCCUCCCCCCAGAGGCAUGGUUAUCCUUAACAGUCCCAGUUAUCCUUGAACUCACUGUAUACCAGGCUGGCCUGGAACUCCCAGAUCUGCCUGCUUCUGCUUCCUGAGUGUUGGGAUUAGAGGGGUGUGCUCACUGGGCUCAAUUAAUAAUAAAUUUCAAUGUGUGGGUGGGGUGUACUCGAAGGUGAGAGCCGACUCCCCAGAAUAGUGUCACAGAAUCAACUUGCAAGUCGGGUGAUCAGGAACACAGUAAACCCUGACAGUUCCACAUGUUGCUGUCCAUUGUUUAUGCUCUUUGACACUUAAUGAGGUUGUACUGUGUUUGUAUUCUUUAUGUGUCUGGGACAGUUAACCAGAAAAAACUCAAGUUAUGGUUUACUCAUGAACCUACUUAAAGAAACACUGCUGUCCUAAGUUAAGGUAGAAGUAAAGCACCUGACCUCAAGCCCAUAUUAAAUAUGAUAUAUAUUAAAUAUCCUGUACCCUGCUGUUUCAAAACCAGCCUGCCUAAGGAAAACAACUUCUCCAGUCCCUAUCCUUAGCUAAAGAAUCCCACCAUGAAGCAUGUAGUCUGCAUUUUCUUGAGGGCUGGCUGCUGAGUGACUGUCCUGUGUCAUCAUUAUGAUGGCCUGUUUAGAACUAGAGAUGCUAAAUCUCUCUUUGAAUAAAGCCAGCUAUAGUUGUUGGUGGUUUAAAUUCUCAUCUGUUAUUUUCUUCCUAUAAACUACUGACAUAACUGGUACCAGUAGGAUUUAAGUUGCUAGGGGCAUACAAAUGUUAGAACCAAUUGAGUGGACUGAAGGAAUAUGGUUUCCAAUGGCUGUAGCUUUGUUUAAAAUGCAUGAAAAACAGGUUCUAUCUCCAGCAAACACUCCCUUGAUCCCAGCAUUUAGUAAGUUCAGAAGUUCAAGGUCAUUGUUACACACCAGUGUAGGAGACAUGAAGCCUGGGAGAAAAGGGAAAGAGGUUUAAUAUUGGGAAACAUGGUGACCUUUGUGUGGCUGUUAAUUCAUUCACAACAAGUUCAUGUCCUUUGAAGGUGGCUGCAAGAAAGUGGCAUUAGUUUGCAUCCUAGCUACCUUCUUCUAAUCCUCUUCUCAGCUUAAUUUUAACAGUGGAAAAAACCACUGUUGCUACAGGUAAGCUCAGAAGGGCAGAGUUACAGCAGUGUUUAGGAGCUGGAGAGGUGGCUCAGCAGUUAAGAGCACUGACUGCUGCUCUUCCAGAGGUCCUGAGUUCAAUUCCCAGCACCCACUUGGUGGUUCAUAACAGUUUAUAAUAGUUUCAUGGAUCCUAUGCCCUCUUCUGAUGUGCAGAUUUACACACAGACAUAAAUAUAUAUAUUUUAUAUAUUUACACAUAUACAUAAAUCUUAAGUUUGUCACUUUACUAGCAAAGAUGCCUCAAAGUUAAGACUCCUGGAAUUGGAGGGCUUACCUCAACAGUGGGACAUCCAUGUGGAAACACAAACAUGUAACUUUGGGAAAGGGUCUCACUGUAUUUCCUGGCCUAGCCUGGAACUCGAUCAGCUUUUUUUUUUUUUUUUUUUAAUGUUUUAUUGUAUAUGAGUACACUUGCUGUCUUCAGACACACCAGAAGAGGGCAUUGGAUCCCAUUACAGAUAGUUGUGAGUCACCAUGUGGUAGCUGGGAAUUGAACUCAGGAUCUCUGGAAGAGCAGAACCCAGGGCUGGGGUUAAAGAAAUCGCGCCAUUAUGUGCCUGGCUAAAGAUAAGUCUUAAUUUUCUUUUCUUUUCUUUUCUUUUCUUUUCUUUUCUUUUCUUUUUUUUUUUUUUUAUACCAGGUCUCUAUUAACCUUAGCUGUCCUAGAACUCUGUAGCUCUCGACUCACGGAAAUCGCUUGCCUAAGCAGGGAUUGAAGGUGCUGCCACCACCACCUAUAACUUCCUAUCAAGCGCCUUGUUAAUAACCAGUGCAGACAGACUUAAAAUAAGUUAUUUCAUUAACUGUAGAUUGACCAGUAAAAACAGGCAUCCGAUUACCUCAGCAGUGAGUGCCUGGUGCUGCCCAGCAGCUCGCCUCGUGCUACCCAUCAGGCCUUGCGGGCACCACGCAUGCGCUCUGACAGCUCAGCCACGCGAAUCCUGUCUUCAGUGGAAGGCCGACACCUUUUAGCUUGUCUUGCUACAGGAUUCUUUGGGACACUCGUCAUGUCUUUGUGUGAAGACAUGUUGCUGUGCAAUUAUCGGAAGUGUCGUAUCAAGCUCUCUGGCUAUGCUUGGGUCACGGCCUGCUCUCACAUCUUCUGUGAUCAGCAUGGCAGUGGUGAGUUCAGUCAUUCACCAGCAAUCUGCCCUGCUUGCAACAGCACCCUUUCUGGAAAGCUAGACAUUGUCCGGACAGAGCUCAGUCCGUCAGAGGAGUACAAAGCUAUGGUAUUGGCAGGGCUUCGACCCGAGGUUGUUUUGGACAUUAGCUCCCGAGCAUUGGCCUUCUGGACGUACCAGGUGCACCAGGAACGUCUCUAUCAAGAAUACAAUUUCAGCAAGGCUGAGAACCACUUAAAACAGAUGGAGAAGAUAUACACGCAGCAAAUACAGAGCAAGGACGUAGAAUUGACCUCUAUGAAAGGGGAGGUUACCUCCAUGAAGAAAGUUCUGGAGGAAUACAAGAAGAAGUUUAGUGAUAUCUCUGAGAAACUGAUGGAGCGCAACCGCCAAUACCAAAAGCUCCAAGGCCUUUAUGAUAGCCUCAGGCUAAGGAAUAUCACUAUCGCUAGCCAGGAGGGCUCCCUGGAACCAGCUAUGAUCCCACAGUCUGGAGUCUUUGGCUUCCCAUCAGGGAAUAGCUCAAAGUUUUCUUUGGACCAUACACCAGCUGGAAAUCAAGGUGGUGGAGAUGAAGAUGUUCAGUUCAGACCAUUUUUUGUGUGUUCUCCCACAGCACCUGAACCUGUUAACAACUUCUUUAGUUUUGCGUCUCAAAGCCAUGAAGCAGAGCAGCAAGUCUGCAGCAGGGCCUUUAAAGCAAAAAGAAUUUAGCUCAUUUUUUAUUUCAAGACUGUUUUCCUGCAUCCCUGGGUUCUCUUCACAUGUCGGCCUUAGAAGAAGUUGGCUUGCAGUCGGUAUGUGGCUUCCUGUUUGGUUUUUUCACUGUUUGCUUAGGGCACGGGCAUUUCAUGAAUGUCAGUCUCUAGUUUGCCAUUGCUCACACAGUCACACUGCUGCACAGAUCGUGUUUCAGACCAAGCUGUGUUUAUGUUUAUGUAGCCACCAAUGUUGUAUUUACAUGGCGCUUUGGAUUCCAGUGUGUGUAUGUUGAGUGUGUGCAUUGAUUCUUCUGCCAGUAUAUUUCUGUAAAAAUUAUGGUCUUGGAAAAUGAUGGCCAAAAUAAUGGUCUUAGAAAAUGGUGGCUUGCAAUUAACAUGUACUUUACAGUCAUGUAUUUUGGAGGUGUGCUUAUGCCAGUGGCUGGAAGUGCAAUUUGAUGCAUAUGUGUUCUGUUUAUCUUUAAAAAAAUUUAUACUGAUAAAAUUAUUUGUUGAUUUCAUUGGUAUUUGUUUUAAAAUAAAACUGCUUUACCUUUUAAA